AUGCUAGCCGCCGAGAAAAUCAGCACCGCCAACGACGGCACCGCAACCGGCGGCACCAACGCCUCCACCGCAGCCGGCCCCACCGACGGCAAGCACGCCGUCGACGCCGCCAUCGCGACGCAGCCCGCGGACCUAGCCUCGGUGCCGUCGCUCGCGCGGGCCAUCGCGGCGGGCGCAGACGCGGUGACGGGCGAGGACGACGCGCCGCGCUACGAGCUGCUGCUCAAGGCGCGGUCGCUGGUGCAGGCGCUGGAGACGCCGCGCGAGACCAUGAUCAAGCACUGCUGGGCGCAGACGUCGGCGACGGGCGCGCUGACCUUUGGCGUGGACGCGGGCCUCUGGGAGCUGAUGGCGCGCAACGGCGACGGGCCGCAGGCCGUGGCGGACCUGGCUGCCGUCUUGGGCGUCGACCCGCCGCUGCUGGCCCGCGUCAUGCGCCACGUCGCCGCCAUGGGCUACCUCGAGGAGGUCGGCGUCGACCGCUACCGGCCCACGGCUUUUGUCAAGGCCCUCACCAUCCCGAUGAUUGGCGCGGGCUAUUUGGUCGCCCCGUCGGCGUCCGGGGCGGCGCAGUUGAGGUUUCACGACUAUGCGAGGAAGCAUGGGUUCAGGAACCCGGACGAUCCCGCCGACACGUCUUGCAACAAUGCGUACAAGACAAAGUCCAACUACUUUGAGUACCAGGCGGAGCUGGGCUACAGCAUGCAUUUCAACCACCACAUGGCCGGCUACCGCCAGGGCCGCCUCCCCUGGAUGCACCCCAGCUUCUACCCCGUGCAGGACCGGCUCGUGGCGGGCUUCGACCCCUCGACGGCGCUCCUGGUGGACAUUGGCGGCAGCCUGGGCCACGACAUGCUCGAGUUCCACCGCCACCACCCGAUGGCACCCGGGAAGCUGAUCCUGCAGGACCUGCCGGCGGUGAUAUCCGAGAUCCAGCCGGGCGAUCUGCCGGCGGCCGCGACGGCCAUGAGCUACGACUUUACGACGGAGCAGCCGGUGCGGGGCGCGCGCGCCUACUACCUGCACAGCGUGCUGCACGACUGGCCGGACGAGGCGGCGGGGCGGAUCCUGCAGCGGGUCCGGGCCGCCAUGACGCCCGGCUACAGCCGGCUGCUGGUCAACGAGAACGUCGUGCCCGACCGGGGGGCCUGGUGGGAGACCACGGCGCUGGACUUUAUGAUGAUGACGCUGUUUUCCGCAAAGGAGAGGACCGAGGCCGACUGGCGCGCUCUGCUCGAGGGCAACGGCUUCAGGAUCGUCGGGAUUUGGAGCGGCGGCAAGGGGGUCGAGAGCUUGAUUGAGUGCGAGCUGGCGUAG